GAGAGGCUCCCUGUGAGAGAGAGGAGACCCUGUCAGGGGGAUGGCUCCACCACAGAAUGGACAUUUAGCACCACCACUACUACCAGCACCUUGAGGAGCAUAGGAGAACUAAGGCUAUUAAGUACUCAGACACUGGACCACUGGAGUACCCAGACACUGGACCACUGGAGUACCCAGACACUGGACCACUGAGCCACUGGACCACUGGAGUACCCAGACACUGGACCACUGAGCCACUGUACCACUGGAGUACCCAGACACUGGACCACUGGAGUACUCAGACACUGGACCACUGGAGUACUCAGACACUGGACCACUGGAGUACUCAGACACUGGACCACUGGAGUACCCAGACACUGGACCACUGAGCCACUGGACCACUGGAGUACCCAGACACUGGACCACUGAGCCACUGUACCACUGGAGUACCCAGACACUGGACCACUGGAGUACCCAGACACUGGACCACUGAGCCACUGGACCACUGGAGUACCCAGACACUGGACCACUGAGCCACUGUACCACUGGAGUACCCAGACACUGGACCACUGGAGUACCCAGACACUGGACCACUGGAGUACCCAGACACUGGACCACUCAGACACUGGACCACUGGAGUACCCAGACACUGGACCACUGGAGUACCCAGACACUGGACCUACUGCAGGGUAAGAGCAUGUGUCCAUGAUGAGUGUUCCUCAGCCUGACCCGGAUGAGAUGCCCCCCUCCACCGUCAACCCUGUCACCACCCCCACCCUGAGCCCGACCCCACCAAUCACAGACGAGCUGGAGUGUAAGAUCUGUUACCAGCGUUACAAUGUCCACAACCGCAGGCCCAAGAUCCUGGACUGCCUCCACCGGGUGUGUGCCCGCUGCCUCAACAAGAUCCUGGACACGGGGGACGUCUUGGGCUGCAUUUCCUGCCCCUUCUGCCGACACGAAACAGAGGUCAGCGAAUACGAGGUGUCGGGCCUCCCCGACGACUCCAACGUCAUAUCCUGCCUGGCUGUCAGGGAUAAGUCCUGGAGCUCUGACCAAGAGGUGACCCUCACCCCCAAGAGCCUGUCCUCCACCUCCCCCUCGCUUCACUCCUCCAACUGCCUGGUGAUCACUAUCAUGGAGGUUCAGAGGGACACGGGGCCCGGGGGCCUGGGAAGCUCAGACCACUUCACAGAGCACAGCCUGGACUCUAUCUCCGUGGGCUCCAACGGGCAGGAGGUUCAGGAAGCCCUGUCCAAGUUGUGUUCGCACGUCCCCAGGUUCCUGGUGUGGCUCCUGGGGCUGUUCUACUUCGGGUCCCUGCCCCUGGGCAUCUACCUGCUGGUGAUCCAGAGGGUGACGCUGGGCAUAGUCUGUGUGAGCCUGGUACCGUCCAGUCUGACUGUGUGUCUGGUCUAUGGGUUCUGCCAGUGUCUCUGCCAGGGCAUGUGUGACUGCUCGUCUAGGGGCUGACUGACUGACUCAACAAGGUACUGACAGAUGCUGGGGUUGGAGGGAGGGAAAAUACUGGACUGUUGGAAUCAACAUGGUGUCCUUUACUGCCCCAAUCUAACAACCAGCCGGGUUGGAGGGAGGGAAAAUACUGGACUGUUGUAGUCAACAUGGUGUCCUUUACUGCCCCAAUCUAGUGACCAGCCGGGUUGGAGGGAGGGAAAAUACUGGACUGUUGGAAUCAACAUGGCGUCCUUUACUGCCCCAAUCUAACAACCAGCCGGGUUGGAGGGAGGGAAAAUACUGGACUGUUGGAAUCAACAUGGUGUCCUUUACUGCCCCAAUCUAGUGACCAGCCGGGUUGGAGGGAGGGAAAAUACUGGACUGUUGGAAUCAACAUGGCGUCCUUUACUGUCCCAAUCUAACAACCAGCCGGGUUGGAGGGAGGGAAAAUACUGGACUGUUGGAAUCAACAUGGCGUCCUUUACUGCCCCAAUCUAACAACCAGCCGGGUUGGAGGGAGGGAAAAUACUGGACUGUUGGAAUCAACAUGGUGUCCUUUACUGCCCCAAUCUAGUGACCAGCCGGGUUGGAGGGAGGGAAAAUACUGGACUGUUGGAAUCAACAUGGCGUCCUUUACUGUCCCAAUCAGAACAAGGGGAUUGACAAUCUCUGUAUUGAAAGCUGUUUGCUGAACUCUCCAUACAGUCUGUGGAUUGAGAACUGGCGCCAACGGGCAUUCCAGCCCUGUGUGAGAGACUGGAGACUGGAGACUGGAGACUAAUGGAGGGCUGGGUAACAAUGG